CUCAAUACAUCAAUUGUAGAGCUCAAUACAUCAAUUGUAGAGCUCUAUACAUCAAUUGUAGAGCUCAAUACCUCAAUUAUAGAGCUCAAUACAUCAAUUGUAGAGCUCAAUACAUCAAUUGUAGAGCUCAAUACAUCAAUUCUCAAUAAAUCAAUGGUAGAGCUCAAUACAUCAAUGGUAGAGCUCAAUACAUCAAUUGUAGAGCUCAAUAAAUCAAUGGUAGAGCUCAAUAAAUCAAUGGUAGAGCUCAAUACAUCAAUUGUAGAGCUCAAUAAAUCAAUGGUAGAGGUCAAUACAUCAAUUGUAGAGCUCAAUACAUCAAUUGUAGAGCUCAAUACAUCAAAAGUGGAGCUCAAUACAUCAAUUAUAGAGCUCAAUACAUCCAUGGUAGAGCUCAAUACAUCAAUGGUAGAGCUCAAUACAUCAAUGAAACUUGGGAUCAUAACAGAUUCUGAAAUGCGUCAUUUAGAAUUUUUUUAG